AUGGACAGAGAGGCGGGAGAGGGAGAAAAUAAGGUAAGAAUUCACAGUGACAGAGGCACAGAGGAGAAUUUUAUUACUGUUAGUGGGGAUAAAAAUGAAGCUGUCUCAAGUGAAAUGCCCACAUCAGACCCUGAAGAAAAGCACUGUGAUAGCGGGAAAGUCACAGAAGAGUCCCCUGCUGAAGAGGCCGCCACUUUUGAACCAGAAGCCAAAAGUGAAGAUGAGCUCUGCACUGAGUUUGAUGUGAUGAAUAAAGUCAAAGAACAGCCACUGUCCCAAGAAGAACGUGUGGUUUCUGAGAUGAACAGCACUUAUCACGAUGACGCUCACAAGCUACAGCCUGAGACCCAGGACACGGAGAUCUCCAGCCCUCUACACCACGAAGAUGAAGAGGCUGAAAAAGAGGGAGCCACAUCUGCAUGUGCACAAAAACUAAACAUAAAGUAUAAAGAACACAGACAGCUCCUCCAGGAGCUGUGCAAAGAGCGAGAUAAGGCCAGGCAUAACAGCAGCCAGCUGCAGAUGAAACUGGCACAAAUCUUAAAGAAGGCUGGGGACAGUGUCCAGCUGGAGGGCGAGAAGCCUGUGUCAGAGCAGCAGCAGGAGUACGAGAGGUACAUCAACACCCUGACUGACCUGAAGCAGCAGCUCCGUGCUGAAUCCGAGGCAGCCCAGCGUCAGGCAGAGGACCUGAGGCUACAGUCCCAGGAGCAGCUGGGCAAGGUGGAAGAUGAAUGGCGAGCACUGAUGGCACUGAAACAGGAUAUAGCUGUGAAGAUGCUAAGCAGACGCCUGGGUAAAGAAGCAGCUCGGGCCAAAGUGGCGGCGUCUCUGCGAGCUGAACAGCUUCGGCAGGACGAGCUGAUCAAACUGCGGCUGAAGCACAUCAAGUUGAAUAUGAAGGUUUGCAAGCUGGAGGCAGAGCUCCGCCAUGGGGAGGAACAUGACUGGGACCCCAUACAGAUCCAGUUUGAGCAGCUGCAGGCUGAGAAGCUAGAGCAGAAAAAACAAGCCGAAAAGCAGCAUGAGGGAUCAGUAAAGCUGCAGAAGAAGAUCAGCAGUAGCUUGGUGUGCCUGUCACAUAUAAAGGAGAAGCUGCACUGGUGCCAGAUUGAGGUCAAGGUGAAGAGAGAGCAACUGACUGAGGUGGAGGCCGUGGUGGCUGGGAAGAGGGACCACCUAACCAGGGUCAAGCAAGAAAACAGUCACCUGCACAGACAAAACCUGAGGUUGAAGGAGCAGCGUGGGCUGCUGGGCAACAGGGUCCUGCUGCAGGACUUUGAGGAUACUGUGAAUGCCUCUGACCAACUGGAGGAACAACUAGAACAUCUGAAGUGCCGGCAAGCCGAGAUCCUCUUCAGCUGUGGCGGGUGGAAGAGUCAAUAAUGACUAAAACUUUAUCUCAGCUUUCAAAGAUAUGAAAAAAAUGAGAAAAUAACACAUGUCAGGAGCUACCAGGAAUGAGAACGAGCACUAGCCCUUACAGUUUGAUUCAGUGUAGUGUCUCACUGUAAGCUAAGCCUGCGUGCUGUAAAACUUGGAAAACCAUAAUCUGCAUAAGAAGUCAUGGUCAGGAUUCCAUGCAUCCUCUCAAAAAAGAUAAUCAUCUUAGAUAAGGUGACUCAGACAUGUUGAAUGCAAUCUUAAAAACAUUGAUAGAA